GCUGUCUCUUUUCCUAAUUUCACAAUACAGUCAAAGCUCAAAGGACUCACUCAGCCCCUUUUCGAGUCAAACCCAUUGCAUCGUCCAUGUGUGCCUGAGCUGUUAGUGGCCAAGUUUCCCCCGCGAAUCCCGCAUUAGGACGCCCUCCCCACCACUGCACCAAGUCCGAUCGCGAUAGGACGAGACAGCCCCUCCCUCCUUGCUUCCCCUUUACCCCCCAAAAGGCUUGCAUGUUCUUCCUGGCAAACAAAAAGCUCGGAAGUCUGUUCCCUUUGCACUUAUCAGCUCACUUUCCCCUCCGUUGAGCUCGUGGCAGCACAGGCUGUUGCUGUCGUUUUUCGGCUUAUAUAUACCCUUUCUCAUCGACUUUCCACACUCUUAGACUCCUGCAACGAUUUGAAUCAAUGGCAUCGCAAGCGCAAACAACCCAGCGCCCCAAAGUGCAGCCCUGUCGGUACAAGACUGGCAAGACGCUAGGCGCCGGUUCCUAUUCCGUGGUGAAAGAAUGUGUGCACAUCGAUACUGGCCGAUACUAUGCGGCAAAGGUGAUCAACAAGCGUUUAAUGGCUGGGCGUGAGCACAUGGUCCGCAAUGAGAUCGCUGUGCUUAAGAAGGUAUCGAUGGGCCAUCAGAAUAUAUUGACCCUGGUCGACUACUUCGAGACCAUGAACAACCUAUACUUGGUCACCGACCUGGCGCUCGGUGGAGAGCUCUUUGAUCGCAUCUGUCGGAAAGGCAGCUACUAUGAAUCCGACGCAGCGGAUCUCGUCCGCGCGAUUCUGUCCGCGGUUGCGUACCUACACGAGCAUGGCAUCGUGCAUCGCGACCUCAAGCCAGAGAACCUCUUAUUCCGGACCCCUGAGGACAAUGCAGAUCUUCUGAUUGCAGAUUUCGGCUUGUCUCGGAUCAUGGACGAGGAGCAGUUCCACGUUCUCACCACUACAUGUGGCACACCCGGAUACAUGGCACCUGAAAUUUUCAAGAAAAGCGGCCAUGGAAAGCCAGUGGACAUCUGGGCCAUUGGUGUUAUCACUUAUUUCUUACUCUGCGGCUACACCCCCUUCGACCGCGACUCCAACCUAGAAGAGAUGCAGGCCAUCCUUGCAGCCGAUUACUCCUUCACGCCUAUCGAGUACUGGCGCGGCGUCUCGCACGAUGCGCGGGAUUUCAUCAAACGCUGCCUAACAAUUGACCCCACCGCGCGCAUGACGGCCCACGCCGCCCUCCAACAUGUCUGGGUCAACCCGCCGUACGACACAGAGGCCGACAACUUCGGCUCGGGCGAGGAUCUCCUGCCGACUGUGAAGAAGAACUUCAACGCACGCCGCACGCUUCACAAGGCCAUCGACACUGUACGCGCCAUCAACAAGCUCCGUGAAGGAGGCGGACUCAUGAUGGACGGCGUCAUGAGCGUCGAUCCCAAGCCCGAGCACGUCGUCGGGAACGACGUCUACGAGGAGCAGCAACAGUAUCAGUAUUCCCACCCUGUUGGCCGUGCCGACCACGAUGGGGACAUGGAGAUCGAUGGGCGGAGCAAUGCCCGCGGCCAGACAGAGGAACAGAUCAGAGCGCAGGAACGGAAGGUCAAAGAGACGGUGGCAGGGUUGUGGAGCAAGUCCGCGAAGAGAUGACAUGGAUAAAUUCUUUAGUGUCUGUCAAAUGCUUGAUAUAGCCUAGAUACCUCAUUUGUUGUCAUUGCUUUCCCUUCCCCCUUUUCUUGGCUGAUACAUAUCUAUUAUCUUGCGGGUCGAGCCACCAUACAUUGUUACAUUGCUGCACACCAGGUUCAAAUCUAGAUCGAAAUAACAAGCUGCGAAUCAUGAUGCCGAGCGGCACGUACGUCC